AUGUGUGACAAACCCGACCUUGAGGCUCUCUUCAAGAGUGAAUCUUAUGCUAGCACAUUCAAACGCGGGGAGAUGGCCACUCGCCCAUUCGCUGAAAUGCUAGUUGACCAGAGCAAGGUGGCCGCCGAGUCCAAGGCCAACCCUGAUAAGCCUCUAGUGGUCCUCGACAACGCCUGCGGCACUGGUGUCGUCUCCAGCUCCCUCAAUGACAAGCUUGAUGACACUAUCAAGAAGACGUGGAAGUUGACCUGCGGAGACAUCUCGUCGUCAAUGAUUAAGUACACCAUGCACCGUAUGCAACAAGAAGGCUGGCAGAAUGCGGAAAUGAAAAUUGUGGAUGCGCAGAAGCCUGAGCUAGCUAGCGCUCAAUUCUCUCACAUAUUCACUGCUUUUGCCUAUAUGGUACUCCCUGAGUCUGUCAAAGCUCUCGAUGAAACCGUUCGAAUGCUGCAACCCGGCGGGACUAUUGCUUUCUCAACCUGGAUUGAGCCCGGCUGGGUUGCCGUCACCCGAGCAGCAAUUGAAAGAAUGCCAGGCAACCUGCCCUUUCCUGAGGCCCAACAGUUGAUGGCAGCCAUGAAUGAAGGGCAGUGGUACUCGAAGCCUUGGAUCGAGUCCCAGCUCGAGGAGCGUGGCUUUCAGGACAUCAAUGUUCGGCCAACAACAGUAAAGCUGACCCUCACAUGUCCUGUCUUCCUGGAGAUGACUAUGUUGGUGCUUCCCACGAUGAUGAAGGAUUUCUGGACCAAGGAACAACAGGAAGAAAACAAGGAUAAGGUUGGUCCGGCGUUGAAGAGGUACUUGGAAGAAACUUCCGAAAAUGGGAAUAUCCACACCGAUUGGGUGGCUAUUCUGUCUACUGCGCGUAAGUCUUGCUAG